AUGCUCCAUAUAGACAAAAUAAUACAGGACGUGCGAAAAUGCAAAAUUGUGCCCGAAAACGACAUCCAGGAGCUGUGUUUUCUGGCACAGGAGCUGCUGAUCCAGGAGUCCAACAUCCAGCUGGUGGAUCCCCCCGUGACGAUCUGCGGAGACAUCCACGGGCAAUUACACGACCUAUUGCGACUGUUCAAGAUCUCCAAUGAGCCUCCGCACACCAAAUACCUGUUUCUCGGCGACUUUGUGGACCGCGGCUUCUACUCGCUCGAGACGUUUCUGCUGCUGCUGUGCUACAAAGUGCGAUAUCCAGACCGUAUCUUCUUGAUCCGGGGAAACCACGAGUCGCGUCAGAUCACCAGCGUGUACGGGUUUUACGACGAAUGCAUGCGCAAAUACGGCUCGGCGAACGUGUGGCGCUACUGCUGCGACGUGUUCGACUACCUCGCGCUCGGAGCGUACAUUCUGAGCGGCGCGAGCGCGGACGGCGGCGUGCUGUGCGUGCACGGCGGACUGAGCCCGGCAAUCGAGACGAUCGACGAGAUCCGGCUGAUCGACCGCAAACAGGAGGUCCCGCACGACGGGCUCAUGUGCGACCUGCUGUGGUCGGACCCUGAAGAAAACAUCCCGGCCUGGGCGGUGUCGCCGCGCGGAGCCGGCUACCUGUUUGGCUACACCGAAACCGAGCGAUUCCUGUUCAAGAACAACCUCAGUCUCAUUGCGCGCGCCCACCAGCUGGUCAUGGAGGGCUACAAAGAGGUGUUUGACGGCGGCCUCGUGACCGUGUGGUCUGCGCCCAACUACUGCUAUCGCUGCGGCAACGUGGCCGCCGUGCUGACGCUCGACGACAACCUCAACCGCAAUUAUACCGUCUUUGACAGCAUGCUGCAGGACUGCUCGGAGAUCCCGUCCAAAAAACCCGUCGCCGACUACUUUCUGUGA